UGUUAGCUACGUCAAUAAAACUCAAGAAGAAGGCGAAGGAAAAAGUCAGAAGAGGAAGAUGAACGGAUCCGAACUUCUCUGAACGCCGAAGGGUAUUUUGCAUCGUGUGCAGCUUCUGGGCCCUGAACAAGCUGCUGGAGGGAUCUCCAUCCUUUUAGCUGGCUGAUCUGAAAUUCCAACUAACACUCACUUUGAACAAAGUUCACAGUGUUGUUUGGACUAUGUACUGUACUAUACAUAUAAAUCCACAGUACCAACUGCCGUGGCCAUAAAUCUAUCACAUUUCCUUAAUUAAAACUGCUGACCAUCAUGUCUCAUCCCAUGUAUAAUCCAUUUGCCUCUGGGAAUAUAAAUGCCUCUCAGGGACAAAAUGGACUCUCUACUGGACAGACACAGGGGACCAUAUGGAGGACUAUACCUAAUCUUGGACCUGGAUCCAGCAUAAGCUUCCCUGGACAGUCAUUUGAUGGAUCUAGUUUGCCUGCAAUCAACAGGCCUGAACCAAGUCAAACCACUUCAAACAUUCAUUUACAGAGUACCUUCAAUAUUUCUGCCAGAAAUCAAAUAACAUACCAAUCUUUUGGUCAAGGUGCCACAACAGAGUCAAGCUUUUCGGUCUCAUCAGCUUCUCAAUAUCAUCAACAAUCCAAUGUUUGUGAUGGGAGUAGUUCUUUCAACUGUUUCCCAGAUUACAGAAGUUCUAAUAAAGACAAUUCCACAGAGUCUUCUUUACAACCGUAUCAUUACGCAGCUCAACCAAUCGGCCAACCUCUAUCCCAUGAGCUUGUGCUCACACCUUGGAUAGCUGAAAAGAUUUUAUUGCAUUAUGGAUUUCAAAAAGAAGACUUGAAUGAACUCAUAAAUUACCCUGACGAGGAAACUACAGCUGAGAAGCUACCCUACACUUUACAAAAGAUUCGUAUGAAGAAUGCCAACAGAGGGCUAACUGCGGCCACGUCAGACUCUGUGUCUCAACCAAGUUCAAGUGGAAUUGAUCAUUUGAAAAAGCCAAUGAUAUUUCAUGAUGAACCACCAUCAACCAGUUGUCACACAUCUGGGGAUGGAAAUACAAAUGUUGAGGAUAAGACUGUUGAGAACUUUCUCAGUAAGGCUCAGAGUUGUGGAUUCACUGUGCUGGCGAACAAUGAGACUAGCAGUGAGGCUAAAAGAGUGCCUGAACAACACCUAGAAUUAAACACCAGUGGUUCCGUUUCUUCACAUGACCAGCUGGGCUAUACUACCUGCUUGAGCUCAACAAGCAAUAUUGUAGCUCCGGCCCAACAAGUGGAGACUCAAUCAAACCAGACUUUGCAAUCAAGCAUCCCUGCCUUUUCUCUACAAAAUAAAAGCAGGGACAUUGUAUCACCGAAGUUUGGCCUCUAUAAGUCUCCACUUGUAAAAGCACCAAAUCACCCAUUUACAUCAAAACCACAGUCACCAAGUAAUAUAAGCCAGGGUGAACGUUCAGGCGGACCUGUUCUUGUUCACACAGAAAGUAAAGCCCAAGAACAAAAGUCAAAGAUCACACAGAUGGCACCCCAGAAGCAGUCACAAUUGCAGAUCACACAAGAUAUGCAGCCUGCAGAGCCCACUGCUUUGAGACAAGUUCCUGCUCCCUCUUUCACCCCCACUGUUGCAGAAGUUUCAAAUCCCAUUCUACAUUCUGGCAACAAUGUCAUUUCUUCAUCUGUCCCAACCGUGGAUCUGGUCAAGACCACUGAUACACAAGGAUCUAAGCACCAGUCUCCAGUAAAACCUCCAACCUUCAAGGGUCUGCCGUCACGAGCCAAGAUGCAUGACUGUACUGUGAGCAAACCCAGGAAGUUUCCACAUACCUGUUCUUUAUGCAAGACAAACUGUUCCCAAUUGAAGGAUUGGACUGACCACCAGCAAACCAGUCUACACGUUGGGAACUGCAAACGUCUUCGGGAACAACACCCAGAGUGGGAUGGCAACGUACCAGGCCAAAGUGAUGCCAUUAGAAGUAUCAAGAUUUCUUCCUCAUCUCCUGACCACACUGCCCAUGAUCAUAAAAAGAAAACCAGUGAUGGGACUCAUUCCCGGUCUUGCUCUCACGGCCCACGCCGACGCUGCAGCUCUUCCCAUAGAAGCACCACUUCCAGCAGUAGUUCUAGAUCUAAAAGUCCUUGCAAACGCCGCAGUUCUGGGCAUAGAAGAACUUCCACCAGCAGUAGUUCUAGAUCUAAAAGUCCUUGCAAACGCCGCAGUUCUGGGCGUAGAAGAACUUCCACCAACAGUAGUUCUAGAUCUAAAAGUCCUUGCAAACGCCGCAGUUCUGGGCGUAGAAGAACUUCCACCAACAGUAGUUCUAGAUCUAAAAGUCCUCACAAAUGCCACAGUUCUGGGCGUAGAAGAACUUCCACCAGCAGUAGUUCUCCCUCUACAAGUCCUUAUCGACGCUGUAGUUUUAGGCGUAGAAGGGCCAUUACUAGCAGUAGUUCUCGCUCUAACAGCCCUCAUCGACGCCGCAGCUCUGAAGGUCGAAGGGGAACACGGAGCACAAGGACACAAUCACUUCACAGCCCCAGGCACAGUCACAGGUCUCGUUCUAGAUCUACAUCUCCACAGCACAACCGCCGUAUUUUCUCCUACUAUCAGAGACGCUCAAGUGAUUGGGAGAGAGGGUCACCAAAAGGAAGGUUUAAGACUAUUGGUUUACCAAGAAGGAGCUCCGAUAUACCAUCGUCUCCAAGGAAAAAUACUGAGAAAUUGCGCCAUCCUUCCAACAGGCCCAUACUUGCUCCUGGCCCAAGGAAGGUCCAGGAGCAACUCUCACGUACUAGAGAACGAGAACAUAGUGAUGAAAAACAGCAGUCAAGCAGGAGCCCCAAUCGAUGGUUGUCUUCAAGAAGUGAGAAGAGAAAGAGGUCACGAGGAAGGAGCCGUGACCGACAACGUUCACCAAGAAGGAGCAGUGAGCAACAGUUGUCUCCAACAAGACCACUAAGGGCUGAUAAGCAAAAGUCAUUAUGUCGUGACAAACAACAUUCACCGCAGAAGAAUCAGAAGACACAGUCAUCGCCAAGAGGAAAUGAUGGGAAGCAGUGCUUAUCCAAGAAGCGUGAGGAGCGGCCUUCAGUAAGUGGAAGCCAUAGGCGGCAGCUGUUCCUGGAGGAAUCCUCGAAAAAGAAGCCAUGCAGUGAACAAAUUCUAACAAAGCAACUCAUGAAGUCAGCUAAUACUGUACUGGCUGAGCAAGCUAAAAAACGGGCAUCUUCAUCAUCACAAUCAUCAUCAAUGACCAACAAGAUGGAGGCUUCCACAUCAUCAGGAGGCAACAGGCUAAGAUCUGUUUCCUCGUCAUCUUCCUUCAAUCCAACAAAGUUAACGUUGGACACAAAUUUGAAUCUGGUGCAACAUAACAUUCCAAGGAGUGGGGAAAGUUCUACGACUAUACCCAAGCCUCCAUUUGUUCAUCGCAGUAAACCGUCACCUCCAACCAUGUUGAGGCUCAGAGGCAAUUUUGAUACUCUCUCCCAUGGUGAUGUGAUCGCAGCCAUGGAGUCCUUUGGAAAGACCAAAUCCCUCUUACUGUUUAAGUCUAAACAGGAGGCGACUGUGUGUUUUGAAAAAGAGGAAGAUGCUGCCAAGCUUAAAAGUUUAAAAAACCUUGAGAUAAAAGGAGUUUCCCUCAAAUUUGUUGCAAAGCAGGACAGAGUUUCAGAGGCUCCUUUAUCUGCGUCUCCAGGGGAUCAGAAAAAUCUUAGUCGAGAAAAGCCCGCUGUGCCCCAUCAGUCUGUUUCUGCUAGAAACAUGGUUCUCCUGCCACUUAAAACGCUUUUGUCUAUCAAAAAAAAGUCCAAAAAGAAUACAGCAGUCAAGCUUGUGAAAAAAGCCAAAGUCUUGGCUUCCAAAGUAAAGUGUAUCUCCAAGAAGCAGGUAGUUAAAACUGGGAAAACAGUCAAUGUGGCAGCAAAACAGUUUGUAGAAUCAGCUAAAGACAAGAAAGAAGCUCCAAAGCUGGAAAUGACACUCAGUCCCAGUAACCCUGGACAAAAAUCAAAAGGCAAGGAAGAGAUCCCGACUGCAACAACACUAAGGCUGAAAGAAAAUAAUGACUCUUCUCUGGGUAAAGUGAAAAAAAUAUCAGAAACAAAGAUUGUGCAGGAUGAAAAUCUUCCACCCUGCAGCAAGAAAAUGGAAGAAGUUGAAGCAAAACCAUCUGAGUCUGACACACAGACUCUCAAGGCCAAAAUCUCAACAACAAACCUUCAAGAAGUUGUUACACCUGAACAGUCUGAAACAACAAAACAAACUCAAGUUAACACAGUUAGUAGUGAGAUGGAAAAUGUGAAAAAUGUUGAGUUGGGAACAAGUGGAGCGCCAGAGCCAGUAAAUAUGGAAGAACAAGCGCAAAACCUUAAAGAUCCGCCAAGAGUUGGGACGGCAGUGGGGGGAUUUUUAACCGGUUCGCCUCUGACACAAAUGGCCAGUGAAAAUCCAGAGACCUCUGUCCAAAUAAAAACUUUGGCGAAUCCAACGUCGACUGCACAGAAUCUGAAGUCCAACGAAAAGCAGACAGAACCACCGACUGCAGGAAGUUCUGCUGAAGGUCCAAUCGAGAUGGAAACAAAUCAAACAGGUACUGCAAAGCCAACCAGUCCAACCACUGAAAGCGCAACAGAAGAGAGUGAAAAGCAGCUGACUGUUGGGGAGAGGAUUGUUCCUGAUUACCUGAAUCAACUAAACCUAAACAGCAAAGACUUUGUUCUGGCAUCAAGCAUCCUGGAGCCCAGGCCGUUCAGCUUCGUUUACCCAAAGCUGCUGCUAGUCACCAACCUGCCCUCGUAUGACAGCUGCAGCUACAGUGAGAAGGACGUUGUGGAUCUGCUCUCCACAUUUGGAUUUCAAUACUCAGACGACAGGAUUUUUAUCUUUCCUCAAGGCUGCAUGGCUUUUGUGCUGAUGCCCAGUAAGGAGUCAUUGACGGACCUGGUUAAGGCGUCGGAAGAAAACCACCUCAUCUUCAAACAACACAAACUUUGUUUGUAUGUUGUGAAAAAAUACAUUUCAAUGACACUGCCUGGCCUUUAUGAAUUGAUCAUGAAUCUAGCAUCUUUCAAUGUUGAGGUGUCAAAUGUGAUCUUCAUCAAGAACAUUUCGCCGAGCGACGCCGUCACUGUCAGAGAGGCUUUGAGAAAGAUUGGAGGCGUCAGAAACAUCCUGCCUCUGCUCAACAAGGUUUUCAUUGAGUUUGAAUCCGUUUAUGACGCCGAUCGCCUCGGAGUUUGGUACAGCCUCCUGAAGGUUGGCUUUACUCACAUGAUUCAACGCCUGAGUGUACCAAAGAGCUUCGAGGAAUCACAACCACCAUUACUGCCACUGAAAGCACUUCCAGACCAAGAUGUGAUCAUUCCUGGGGCAGGAACACCAACAUUGAAAUAUGACAUCCCUGUAGGCACAUUUUCACCGUUUUGGGUGACCAUGACAACACAUCCCUAUGUUUUUCCAACUGCCUCUCCUUGGUUUAACAUCCCAAAUUAUCUGACGAUCCACUGGAACCAAGUUUUUUCGGUGAUUACCCACCCAUCCUCUGUGUUCUGCACCAUAAUGCUGACGGGUUUACCAGAGGGAUACUACAAAACUGAAGACGUCGCCAAGCUGGUGUGGCCUUAUUUCCCCAAGAAGAACCUUGAGACUCUCUGUUACAACAUCGUGGUCCUCCCUCUGCAGAGGAGGGCCUUUGUGUUUUUCUGCGACUGGGAGGCGUUCAGCAAUUUUAUCCUGAAUAUUUCCCCAGAGCCGUUUUAUGUGAAGAAGUCGCCUGUGUUCAUCCACUUGGUCACGCAGGGUAUUCGACCUGGAAACACCGAGGAAAUGAUGUACCAAACGAUGAUGAAAUGGAGCAAUGCGCAUGUUGCAGAUCCGGGUUCCCUGGAGGAGCGGCUUCUGUGCGUGGAGAUCACAGAAGUAGAGCUGCGCCUCAUCCAGGAUGUAAUGAAGGAAGUGGCUUCCAUCGCAAACUUUGUCAACUUUCUGCCGCUCGGUAACCGGAUUUGCAUUGAGAUGCUUGACUCCAUCGGCGUGAAGAAGGUGGUGGAGGAAAUGGCCUCCAGAAAGGAGUCAUCAACACACAGGAUCUGGAGCAGAGUUGGACGUGUUGAGUCUUCGAAGGACUUCAGGAAGCGUGUGCAGUGCUGUAAAAAGAUGAUCUGCAACCUUCGUUGUUUCUCUAAGGCGUCUGCUAAAAAAGCUUCAUCAGUUUCCAAACCUGGAGCAAAAGUUCCUGUGAGUGUACAGAAAACUCAGACAGAUGCUCCUCCAGCAGCCGUCAGCGUCGCUUCCCCAACACCGAUUGUAGCGUCCAAACAGCAGCCAGCUGCUUCCUCUUCCUCUUCCUCUUCCUCCUCUUCUUCCUCUUCCUCAGCUACGGAUCGCUCCCUGACCGUCGGAGAGAGGCUGGAAGGUCUUCUGCUGCCACAAAAAAUUAAUUGCCUUGAUAGAAAUGCCAUCAAAUUACCAAAAUUUCAGUUUAGUUCAGUUUACACAAGGCUGCUGUUAAUAACAAACUUGCCAGUGUAUCAUGACGGCUGUUACACUGAGAGCGACAUCGCAGAUCUGCUCGGAUUUCAAUACGUGGAAAGAAACAUCUAUGUGAUUCCUCAAGCAUGCAUGGCUUUUGUGCUCAUGCCCAAUCAUCGAGCUGCGCAAGAAGCUUCCCUAAAAGAAUCCUUGACUCUAAAUGGACAGAAACUCUGCAUCCAGAUUGUCGUCAGCAAGAUUUUUAUGGCUCCAUUUGAAUUUUAUAAAUCUCUGAUGGACCUGGUUGGAUUUCCAGUCACUGAUGAUGGAACCAGAACCAUCUACAUCGAGAACAUCUCACCGAGCGAGGCCCGGGACCUCAGGGAGACGCUGCGAAAAAUCAGAAAUGUUACAAACUACCUUCCUCUGCUCAACAGGGUGUUUAUUGAGUUUGAGUCUGGCCGUGAUGCUGAUCGGAUCGGAGUUUGGUACAGCCUCCUGAAACGCUGCCCUGCUCAUAACGUCUACAGGUUGAAACUGCCCCGAAGCACCAGCACAUCUCUGCCUCCCAAGAUGGCUCCAAACGCUUUGCCGGAUGCCAACAACAUUGUCACCGGGGCGGUUGUCCCGGCAACAAACUGUGGUGUUCCGCAGGGCAGCACACCACCAUUUUCUGUUACCUUGACGACGGCUCCUUAUGUCUUCCCGACCGAGUCUCCUUGGUUCAUCAUCCCAAAUUUCACCACAAUCACAACCAAGAAGAACUUAUGGACACCGGCCAAUAAGGGCCCCGGGGCCUCCGUCAUCAUGCUGACGGGUUUGCCUGAAGGAAACUACAAACACGAAGACGUCGCCAAGCUGGUGUGGAGUUAUUUCCCCAAGCAGAACCUUCGGACUCUCUACUACAACAUCGUGGUCCUCCCUCUGCAGAGGAGGGCUUUUGUUUUCUUCACCGACUGGAUGUCGUGCUGCAGUUUUGUUGAAGAUUUCUUCAAAAGUCCAGCUUCCUUCAAAGACUGCAAGCUGUUUAUCCACCAGGUUUUACAGGAAAUGCUUUCUGGUCACACUGAGGGUGUCCUGUACAGAAAUAUGAUGAAAUGGAGCAACGCUCACGUUCCGGAGCUGGAGGGUCUGGAGGAGCGGCUGGUCGUCGUGGUGAUGGCCAACAUUUCUGUGUACCUCAUCAUCCAAGUUUUGGAGAAGGUGUCAUCCAUCGCUCCGAUCAUCAGCUUUCUGCCGCUCGCCAACAGGAUUUGCUUUGAGAUGGCAGAUUCAAGCGGCGUCACAAAAGUGCUGGAGAAUACUGAUAAAGAUUGGCCAAACAUCCAAAGCCUUGAAUCAGUGAAGAGCCUAAAGCAGCGUCUCGACGAAUCCGCUAAGAUCACAGUAAACCUGAACCUGGACGGCGAACAUGUUGUGACUAAAACUCCAGCUGUAAACAGUGAAGGACAACUUCCUGUUGCUGCUGCUUCUGAUGAGAAGACACAGCCUGGAGUCCAAGGACAUGUCAGAUAUUCUGCAGAAACGUCUGACAUUUUCUCAGCAGACAAAGAAAAUGCAUCGUCAAAAACAGCUCAAACCUGUAAGGAAAUUGUGGCUGAAACAGAAGCUAACAUGAAAGAAAAGGCAGAAAAAGCUGAGGCAGAGAAUAAAAACGUAGACUCCAUAUGUACCGUAUCAGAAAAACAAGUUGGUAUCUCUGAAAAGGUUCAAGAAUCUGCAGAGAAGACGACAGAAACGAGAAGUGAAACAGUGAAUGAAAAGAAGGAAGAGGCAGAAGCAGUGAAAGACGUCCAGCCACAAGUUAGCGAAGAUGCUAAACCAACAGAGCUGAAAGAGACGGAACAAACAGAGGAAACCGAGGUCAAAGGUUCUGAUGAAGCCAAAGAAGAAGUGAGAUCCGUGGAAAAUCCACCGCUAACAGAGAAAACUGCAAACAAUGAAACUUUGACUGGUCCAUCUCAGGGACCACAGGCCACAGUAAAAACCCAGCAGCAGAGAACAGAAACCUCAGCAUUUAAGGACAAGAAAGUUUCAGCUGUGACAACUGAAGUUCCUGCAUCUGACAAAACUACUGCCACAAAUCCACCUGAUUCUUGUUUAACUCCUGGAGAAACGAUUGAAAAUUUCUUGAACAUGACAACAGUUUUCUGCUGGGUCUCUCUGUGCGUCUCUCCUUCAAAAUUGCUUUCCCUCAAUGCGACUCUGGUCAUCCAGAACCUGCCAGAGUUUGGUGACGGCUGCUACACAGAAGCUGAAGUCCUCGCUCUGCUCCGGACGUUUGGUAUUCAGUGUGAAGAUGACAAAAUUUUCAUCCUUCCGCUGUCUCAAAUAGCGUUUGUUGUUUUUCCAAAUAUACAGGCAGUUCAAAAACUGAUGUCAUCGAAGGAGGACAUCCUCUUCAAAGGGUCCAAGCUCAAAUUCGGUGUCAUAAAACGCAAAGAACCCUCGAAUUUAUUUGGCAUUUAUAAAUUCUUGAUGAGUUUCACCAGAUUUCAGCGUCUAAAGAACAACUGCAGUCGGACAGAAGUCGUUUACAUCCAGAACAUCUCAGUAAAUGAAGCCAAAAAUCUCAGAGAAGAGCUGCGAGAGUCUGGGAGUGUUAUAAACUACCUGCCGCUGCUCAACAAGGUUUUUGUUGAAUUUCGAACUUUUCUUGACGCUGAUCGGAUUGGAGUUUGGCACAGCUUCCUGAAGGAUCGGCGCUCCUACAAAAUAUACAGGCUGGGGCUGCCAGUAUCAACCUACAGAUCAAAGCCACCAAGACAUCCAGGACUGGCUUUGCCGAACCAGAGCCUUUGUGUGGCGAAUGCAGCCAUCCCAAAACGAAACGUGGUCAUCCCAAUUGGUUCCACGGCACCAUUUUGGGUUACCAUGACAACUAGACCUUUUUUGUUCCCUACUGCAUCUCCUUGGUUCAACAUCCCAGCUUAUUUUGAAAAGUCUUCAGUAAAAAGGAUAAGGAAAUGUAUGUCGAAAAGUUUCAUGGAACCAAAAAUCAUGUUGACGGGUUUGUCAAAUGAAACCUACACGCACAAGGACGUAGCGGCGCUGGUGUGGAAAUAUUUUUAUGAGCAGAAUCUUCACGCGCUCUACUACAAUGUGAUGGUUUUACCGCUACAGAAGAGGGCGUUCGUGUACUUUCAGAGCUGGCGUUCUUGCGUCUCCUUUUUUACAGAUCACUUCAGAAAGCCAAGUACCUUCAAAGGCUCCACUAUCUACGCCUAUUUGGUGCAAACUAAUUUCCCCCUUCCAGAUGACGAGGUGACCUUGUACAAAACGCUGAUGAAAUGGAGCAACACUCCUGUCCCAGAACCAGAGGGCUUGGAGGAGCGGCUGCUCUGCAUCGAGGUUUCAGCGUUUGACAAGCAUAUCGUCAUGAUGGUCAUGGAUGAGGUGGCGAACAUCGCUACGUUUACAAACUUCCUGCCGCUUGCUGACCGGAUUUAUAUUGAGAUGACAACAUCCAGCGGAGUAACAAAGGUGGUGGAGAACAUGCUGCUGCCAAAACUGUGUGAAAAAUGUUACUAUUGGAAGCAAGUUGGACCCAUUGAACCGUAAGUAUUUAAUUUCCUGUAAUUUAGACCAAGGUUAAUAAACUAUU